AUGGGUAAUUCAACCCCUCCUACAUCCUAUUUGGUAAACCAAGCGAACCAAUUUUUAGCACAAAAGGAAGAUUAUGAAUGGUUCGUGUCAAACAAAGGCGGAGCACAUGGAGAAGAUAUUUAUGAUCGUCGACUUGUAGUGACAACUUUUCCACUUGACUUAGCCAAGGCAGAAUUCGAAGAUUAUGUUAAUAAAAAAUUUAGUGACUAUCCAGAAAAUCUUAGAAACAAAAUCGCAGCAUUAUUCAAGGUCAUUAAGGACUGUGACAUGGAAAAAAAUAUUUCAUUUGGUUAUGAAUCUGGUAAAAUAUCAGCUGUUUUAACACAAAUUUUAUUUGAAAAGCAAUCUGUAAGCAAAGAAAUCAAAGUGUGUUUCGGGUAUACUAGAUGUAUACGAAUGAUAAAAACCGAUUCCAAGCUUGAUUUUGGCUAUUGGAACAGUAAUGAAGAAAGAGUAACAAAAGCUUUACAAUUUUUAUUUGGCACAGAACUCAAAAAAGAAUUGGCCUUGUUGGGAUAA